GCGCGUGUCGCCCUCUUGUGGCCAAUGUGUGAUGACGUCACUCCUCGAAGAACCUGAUAGUGAACAGAAAACUAAAAAUUACGUAAUCUGAGUACUAAAUUUGUUAUCUGGAAUCUUUAACUUAACCAGGAAUGAAACAAGCGAGCGCGUGGAUGAUUGUGUUUGUGUAAUAAAAGCCCAUGAAAGAUUACAUUUACACAAAUGAAUGCUCUUUAGUCAUCGAUUUACUGAAGGAACCAGCACAUAUUUAUCAUCACAGAGCCACAAAACAGGCGGAAAUAAUCUGAUGAUACUCUGUGUUAAACGGAAAUAAAUCUGAAUGAUAAGAUUUGUAUUUGUCAUUAGGCCUGCAGGCUCGAGGCUCUGAGAGCGUUCAUUCAGAAUCAUUCAAUCUCGUGAUCGCGCGCGCGCGCUGUCACGUAUAUCAGCUUUAUUGUGAGUUGAGUGUUCUCAUGAGUUCAGUUUCAAUGAUGCUGAAGAGAGAGAUUGUGAACAGAAGGAGAGAUGUUUUCCUCUCUCUCACUGCUCUGCUGAUGCUCGUGUUUGCUGCACUUAAUCUCGUCUCAUACACCGCGAAAACUUUCCAGACUUCAGCUCGAGUUCGACGGGAUGCAGAUAAUAAUGAGACAGACUGCAUCUCACCACAGUCCUCAGAAUUCCCGGAGGGAUUCUUCACUGUACAGGAGAGAAAAGAUGGAGGAGUUCUCAUAUAUUUCAUUAUUAUAGUUUACAUGCUUCUGGCUGUUUCUAUCGUGUGUGAUGAUUAUUUCCUCCCUUCUCUGGAGGUCAUCAGUGAAAGUCUUGGUCUUUCUCAGGAUGUUGCUGGUGCCACUUUCAUGGCAGCUGGAAGUUCUGCACCUGAACUUGUUACUGCGUUUCUGGGUGUUUUUGUCACUAAAGGAGACAUCGGAGUGAGUACGAUCAUGGGUUCGGCCGUGUAUAAUCUCCUGUGUAUCUGUGCAGCGUGUGGUCUCUUAACUUCUGCUGUGUCUCGUCUCUCCUGUUGGCCGUUGUUCAGGGAUUGUCUGGCAUACGCCAUCAGUGUGACCGCAGUGAUCGCCAUCAUCUCAGAUAACAGGGUUUACUGGUAUGAAGGAUCGUGUCUUCUCCUGGUGUAUGGAGUUUAUGUAGCAGUGCUGUGUUUUGAUCUGAAGAUCAGUGAGUAUGUGAUGCAGAGGUUUAGUCCCUGCUGCUCGUGUCUUCAUAAGAGCUCACAGGAGGGAGGUGAGCAGCAGCCGCUCAUGGGCUGGAGCGACGACACCAUCAGAACCCACCGACGUUCCCGAUUGGACAGCGGGAUCUUCCAGGAUGAUUCCGGAUACUCUCAACUCUCUCUCAGCCUGCACGGCCUGAAUGAAAUCCCUCAAGAACAGAAGAGUGUGUUCAGGAUGCCAGAAAACGAUCUGAAGCGGAUUCUCUGGGUUCUGUCUCUGCCGGCCAUCGUGGUUUUAUAUCUGACCGUUCCCGACUGCAGGAGACGCUUCUGGAAGAAAUGGUACAUGAUCACCUUCAUGAUGUCCGCUGUCUGGAUCUCUGGCUUCACCUACGUUCUCGUGUGGAUGGUGACUGUCGUCGGUGAGACUCUGGGAAUCCCGGAUACAGUCAUGGGAAUGACUCUUCUUGCGGCAGGAACCAGUAUCCCGGACACCGUAGCAAGCGUCAUGGUAGCUCGUGAAGGUAAAGGUGACAUGGCCAUGUCAAACAUCGUGGGCUCAAAUGUUUUUGACAUGUUGUGUUUAGGGCUGCCGUGGUUCAUUAAGACUGUGUUUGUGAACACUGAAUCACCGGUAGAAGUCAACAGUACAGGUCUGGUCUUCAUGUCAUGUACUCUUCUUCUCUCCAUCAUCUUCUUGUUCUUGGCCGUCUACAUUAACGGCUGGAAGUUGGACUGGAAACUGGGUCUGGUGUGUCUGUUCUGCUAUAUGCUGUUUGCCACGUUGUCAAUCCUGUACGAGCUCGGGAUCAUUGGGAAUAACCCCAUCCGGGCCUGUGCUGACUGACGCUCUUUAGUUAGUUACACAGUUACAUAUUUAUUCAAGUGUCUGACAUUACAAAUGUACUCGAGCAGAGCCAUGAUGAGGUUUAUCAGGUCAGUGAUGUACGUCUGCACACAGAGUCAUUUCUUUAACAUUUGGUUUGUCAAAGGUAGAUGACAUUUAAUGAAGAUGAGGCUUUGAGAUACACAAUCUGCAAAAAAAUAUAUUUAUUAUUUUAAAUAUAUUUCAAAAUAUACAAAAAAUGUCCAAAAAAUAUAUGUACUAAAAUAUAUUUUAAAAAAUAUGUUUACAAAAAUGUAAUUUUAACCAAUAUAUUUUUUGCCCAUUUUUUUGUAAGUUUUAAAAUAUAUUUUAAAAUAAAGCAUUUAUAUUCACGUCACAUUGGAAGAAAAACCUGUUACAAACCUGUAAACAUAACAGGCUUGAAAAGAUUAAAUAUAUUUUUAACAUCAAACAUAUCUUUAUUAUUUUAUAAUUUAUACAUAGGGGAGAGCGGGGCUAUCAUUGUCUCUAUCAUUCAAAAAAUAUUUGUUAGAUAAAUCAUUUUUUACACAAUCAACAAACACAUCUCUGCUACAAAUUAACACUUAAAGUUUGUUUGUGUGAUCUACCGUUAUUGUACAAUUACAUCAAAAGUGACAACGUUACCCCAUAGGUGGAAAAUUUUGUUUAAACACAAAUAAUUCAAUCAAAUUCUGUCUAUAUACUAAUACUGUCUAUAAUAGAUAGAUAUCCACACAUUUAUCCAUCCAUCAUCCUUCAUCUUGUAUCCUUGCAGCAAUGCAUAUUGAUAGAUUUUUUUUGAAAGGGAAGACAAAACAUCCUAAUAGUGAGUUAUUUCCUCUGAUAUUGUAUUCAGUUAUCAUUUUGAUGAAUAGUAUUGACAUUGUUUUCAUUUCAUUAUUGUAUAUCUGAGGCUUCAAAACUUUUCACAAAUUCACAGAUGAUCUUCUGACAGUAAGAAAAAGACCAAAAGCACAGAUUGCUCGGCCCUGUAGAAAUAUGUAUUAACCCUGCGUUAGUUUGUGCCCCACUCACCACUUCUUACACAUUUUAUACAAACUUUUAUAUUUUGGCAAGAUAAAAUAUAUUUUCUACCGUUUGGGUUGUAAAAUUAGAAAUGUAUUUGUUGCCCCUGAAAUACAUAUGUUAAUAUGUGAAGGUUAAAACUAAAUAUAUUUUCAAAUUCAAAAAUAUAUUUACUCAAGCUUUACUUUAUUUAAAACAUUUUUUUUUUUGCCGUGUGGGUAAAGCAUCACAGCAGAACGCAGACAUUUUUCUGUCACUUUCUGUUUACAGUUUGGUUAAUAUUUAUUUGCGUUAAAGAUUUUCUGUCUAAUUUUAUCUUCUCAAACUAAAAUUCAUCUGUAAUAAACUUAAAGGUAAAGUUCACCCAAAAAUGAAAUUCUGUCAUCAUGUACUCAAGCUCAUGUUGUUUUUAACUUGCAUGAGUUUCUUUAUUCUGGUGAUCACAAAAGAAGAUAUUUUGAUAAAUGACAUUAAGCACACAGUUGAUGGUACCCAAUGACUUUCAUAGUAGGAAAAACAAAGUUGUGGUGUCAUGUCAUUGACCCUGAUUCUGCAUUUAAUAAAGUGAUUCUGUAAUAAGGGAUUCUUGUUAAUAUUUUUGGUCAAAAACAAUCCUGCAUAAAGAGUUUAUUCCUCGGUUAAUAAAAAAUCGUA